UGAGCCAAAGGGGCUUCAGUCGAUCCAAACAAUUCCACAAUGAUGCGCAACAACAACUCAACCUGGCUGGGCGCAACAAUUGGGCUGCUGCUGCUGAUGAUGAUGCUGGGCAGCUGCGAGGCAGUGAGCGAGCCCGUGUGCACGUACCGCAAUGCCGAGGACGAGACCGUGUUUCUCAAGUAUUUGCCGCUGUUGAAGAAGGGUCAGGAUUAUGUGGACUUUGGCAAGGAGGGCAAAUGCCUGAAGCGUGCCAUUUGCACGGACACGUUCAAGACCAUUGUCGAGGAAUGCGCCGACCAAAAGGUCACCUGUCUCAACAAGCAGCGCUACACGGGCGUCUUUCCCGCCUGCUGUGUCAAAUGCCCCUAGAUGAGGAUGAGGAUGCGCCUCCCCCUCCCCCUCAGUCUCUCUCUCCCACUCUGGCUGGGACACGAGCCAUAUACAAUAAUAACA